CCGCAUCUUCGGCACCGGCGUGCGUCGUCAAAGUGGCGGUUUUCAGCAGCGGGCGUUUGUUUGGCGGUUGUGGCUGGCGUCUAGCUAUGGGGAGCACGGGGUUCUUGGAUAUGGACGUUUGCGGGCGCGGGCAGGGUCUUCGGAAUGACGAAAUUGAGGCGGUGGCAAUGGCCAUGACUGCCGUCGUCGUGAACACGAUGCGCGGAGUGUACCCAGACGCGAUAAAGUGGCCAGUGGGCCGUAGACGUGCGCAGAUUCUGCGGGCUUUCCGUGACAAGGGUUUCCCCAACUGCUUCGGCGCAAUCGACUGCACACACAUCUUCAUUGACAAGCCCGCCGGCGCACCAUCUGCCAACUACUACGACCGCAAACAAAAGUUUUCCGUGCAGACGCAGGUGGUAGUAAAUUUCGAUCUGCGGAUCAUGGAGGUCCACAUUGGAUACCCGGGAAGCGUGCACGACGUCCGUGUCUUGCACAAUUCCCAACUAUGGAGGCGUGCACAAGCUGGCAAGCUGUUCGACGCACCUCCGGUGAGUCUGCUGCACGGAGUCGUCACGCGAGGUUACCUGCUAGGCGACAACGGUUAUUCUGUUGUCUGCCCCUGGAUCAUGCAGCCGUACGGAGGAAUCGACCAAGGUCCUGACGAGGAGCGGUUUGGCAUGUGGGAGAAGGUGGCGCGGGGGUGUGUGGAGAGAGCUUUCGGGCGGCUGAAGUGCAUGUGGCGUCUUUUCUUGCGCACCCACAGGACGAACCUGGAUACCUUGCCGCAACAAUUCUUGGCAGUGUGCACUCUGCACAACAUCCUCCUAGACGUCGGGAUCGACUUCGAUGAAAACCUGUUGUGGGAGGUGGAUGAGAAUGGUGUGCGCCGGAGAGUGGAUUUGGGCAUUGUGGGGAACGGCGCGGGCAGGCGGCAACGUUGCACGAAUGUCGACGGGGACUUGUUGCGUGACGCUCUUCGAGACCGGCUAUCUUUGAUGUAGGAGCACUUAGACGCGUAGUGGGGGUUUGGUGCGUGUGUGUGUAGGGUGUGUGUGUGCCGGGGGUGUCGGGAUUGCGGACGUGGGUCGGUGCGAUCAGUAGGAGGGUUCAUAUUUUGACGUGGCCCGUGGCCCGCUGUCGCCGUCCGCGAAGUAG